UGAGGCAAAAUGUGGAUUUCGAUGAUGCAAUGGAUGCAUUGCAAAAAAGCCUCAACCAUCUAAUACGUCAUAAAAAUUUCGAACAAAGAGUAGAACGUGUAUGUAAAAGACGAGAUCAUGAAAAACGAUUAUUGAUGGAAAAACAGGAGGAACUGCUUGAUCUCAUCCAUAUGCUGAAAUUAAAUCUUGAUAUGAAAUUUUCUGAAAAUCAGAAGUUUGAACAACAGUCAAAUGAAGCAGAGGCAGAACUACAGAAAAUAUUAUCAUCUGAAGUAGAAGAAAAUGUGAAUGAUGUUAUUACUGAAGAAAAUGAGUUAAAAAAACAACUUGACCACCGUUUUCAUAAACUUGAUAUGUUGAUUGGUGAAUUGUCAAAACUAGAAGAGCAGAAUAAAGAUCUCACAGGAAAAGAAAAAGCCCUUGAUGAACAAAUCGCGAGUUUAAAAUGUGAACAUGAGAUUCUCAUGUCGACAAAAAAGGAUGAUCCUCAAAUGAUCUCUCUUCACAACAGGAAUAUCCGCGAAAAUUUGCAGGUACAAUUAACAGGACAAAUAUGCUCACUUGAAGAUCAAGUAAAACGAGUGGAAUUGGAACUUGACUGUGCUAAAAGUGAACACAUUUCUCUGAUGAUGCUUCUUGGUAAUGAGCAGCGAGAUUGGUCGAAAGAUGUUGAAAUUUUGAUUGAAAAGGAAAAAGAGUUAGAAGAAAUAAUUUUAGUAGAGAGAAAAGCAACUGCUGCUCUCCGAAACAAGAGGAUGGAACUAGAUAUGGAAGUGAUGACUUUUAAUUUGGAAAUAAAUGAUAAGAUCCAUAUUUAGAA